AAAAUCUGUCUUUCAUUCAAUAUGAUAAUUAUAUAAUUUUUAAUUUUUAUUUGUAGUAUUCAAACAGAACAGAUGACCAGAGAAUAUGGGAUGGUUUGGUAAAAUUCAACAAAACAGACACAGGCGUGUUGGCCCCGCAUUUUCCAGAGCACCGGCAAAAGGUUGAGAAAGGGAAUUACGUGUUCUUCAGUGAGCGCUCCGUACUACGGAUGUGGGCCGAGGACAACUGUGAUUUAGUCUUCCUCGAGCAAAUUUUCUACAAAGCCAACUUUGCCAUUGGAUUUCCAAUGAACUCGCCAUACACCAGAAGCUUUUCGAAGGUAAUGGUAGAACUGGAAGAAAAUGGACUUCUGCAACUUUGGCAAAGAAAACGAUGGCGUUCGUGCGAUAAGUGCAUGUCUGGAAAACAACCUGGUGCUAGAGUUAUCGGACUUGUUGAUCUGCAAAGUGCAUUCUUCGUUCUCAUAUUGGGACUGACAUUAGGAGUUGUGACAAUUUCAGCUGAAUGCUUUUGGAAGCAUAAAUUCAAGAAAUAAUAGUAAUAAUAAUAAAAAAAUUCAAUAAUGUACU